AUGUAUGCGAGAUAUGUGCCUUCUGCCGGCGGUCAGACUGCUGCGACCAGCUCUGGCCGGCAGAACGCUCGUCGUGUGCCGGGCCAAACGAAUGCGCCAGCUACAGAGUCGGCAGAAGACGAGUCGAGUUCGAAAAAGCCUAAACGAAAGAGGGCUGAUGCGGAUACGAUAAACGAAUCUACAGACAGAAAAUCCAAAAAGUCCAAAACGGCGGAUCGAGAAGCCGGCGAGAAGACGAAAUCUGCAAAGACAAAAAAGGACAAGAAGGAAAAGAAGGAUAAGAAAAAGAAGCGAUCAGAAGAGGAUGAAGAAGAGACUCAAGUAAAAAGGAAUGUUGACACAGACGGCGAUACAUCCCUGACUGGCACGGAAGCCGCUCCAGUUUCUGAAAAGAAGAAGGCCAAGCGCGAUAAGAAGAAGCGAGUCGAAGAGUCGCCCGCCGAAGACGACGACGACCAAAAUGAAAGACACAAGUCUGUACUCGAACAGAUGGCCAAGUCGCUGAAAAUGGCGAGUGAGGCUGCCGCAGAUCAAAUCGCAGAGGAGCCUGAGGAGGAAGUUGAACAGCACGGCCUAGAGCCACUGCCACAGCCCGAGCAACCCAAAGAGGAGGAUGCCACACCCACAUACGAUACCCUGCCUUCUUGGCUAUCAGCUCCCAUCCGCGUAAAGCAGUCUACACGAACCAGCUUUAUCGACGCGGGCAUUCCCGCCAAAACGGCCGAGGCAUUGCAGAUUAAGGGCUAUGCCGACGCAUUUGCCGUCCAGACUGCCGCCAUUCCUCUCUUAUUACCGAACAAUAAGAGCCUUCCGGGUGAUCUUUUAAUAUCCGCUGCUACUGGGUCGGGAAAGACGCUAGCCUACGCAUUGCCCAUUGUCGACGACAUUAGCCAAGGCGUGGUGACGAGGCUGCGCGCGCUGGUGGUCCUGCCCACUCGCGAACUCGUACGACAGGCGCAAGAAGUCUUUGAGCUUUGCGCCAAGACCUACGAGGGCAGCGAUCGGAAGCGCGUGCGCAUUGGCGUCUCGGUCGGCAGCCAGCAGCUGAAAGCGGAGCAGGAAAUGCUGGUCGAGCGGGAGUCGAGAUAUGACCCGGACACAUAUAACAGGAUACUGCAGGAAAAUCUCAAGGCCAAGGGCUUACCCGCAUCGGCCGACGUGGAAAUGGAUGACGAGGACCGAGAUGCGCGACUCGGCCCAUGGAACGGCGAAGUCGUGGAAUUCACAUCGACGGUCGAUGUGCUCCUCUGCACGCCAGGCCGUCUCGUCGAGCACAUGGAGCAGACGGCCGGUUUCAACCUCGACUACGUGCGGUGGCUCGUCAUUGACGAGGCCGACAAGUUGCUCGCGCAGAGCUUCCAGGGCUGGCUGGAGACGGUCAUGGCGCGGUUCCGCGCGUCGUCGCUGUACGGCGCGCGUGACUUUCCUGGCAUGCCGCACACUGGCGUGCGCAAGGUGGUGCUGUCGGCGACGCUGACGCGCGACCUCAGCCUGCUGAAUCAGCUGGCACUGCAUCGGCCGCAACUUGUCGUGCUGGAUGCGGAAGAUGGUGCGGCCGCCGCGGCUGAGACGCAGCAGGUCUCGGAGCACACGUUACCGGCGCUGCUCCGCGAGUUUGCUACACGCGUGCACGACGCCAACCUCAAGCCGCUGUACCUGCUUGAGCUCUUGCGCGGGGGGCUCAUGGCGGCGCAGGAACAGUCCGCGAUGGCAAGUGUGGAAGAGAUCGAUGUCAAGUCGGUCGCAGGCUCGAACACGCCCAGUUCCGACUCGGAUUCGUCAUCUGACAGCAGCUCAGAUUCAGAAUCAGACUCUGACAGCGACUCUGAUUCCGACUCCAGCUCCGACUCCAGCUCCGACUCAUCAUCCGACUCAUCGUCCGACUCCGACUCGGCGGCGCCCGCCACGCCCAAAAAGCCUACCAAGCUCCCCAUGGCCCUCAUCUUCACCAAAUCCAACGAGUCCGCGCUGCGCCUAUCCCGCCUCCUCACGCUGCUCGACCCCUCCCUUGACACACACAUUAGCACCGUCACCUCCACAACGGCCACCUCGCAGCGGCGCCGGACCCUGCGCGCCUUUACCGACCCGUCCUCGCCGGUGCGGCUCGUCGUCGCGUCGGACCUCGUCGCGCGCGGCAUCGACAUUCCCAAUCUCGCGCACGUCGUCAACUACGACCUGCCGGCGAGCCUGGCCGGGUACGUGCACCGCGUGGGCCGCACGGCGCGCGCGGGCCGCCCCGGCUGCGCGUGGACGCUGGUGGCCGACGGCGAGAGCGGCUGGUUCUGGGGCAAGAUUGCAAAGGGCGCCGGCGUGCGCCGCGCGCAAAGGGUGGAGCGCGCGAGAGUGGAGGAGAUGAGCGAGGAGAGGGUGCGCGAGUACGAGACGGCGCUGGCGAAGCUGGGUAAAGAAGCGCGGGAGCGACGGAGGAGGUAG